AUGAAAGGGAGUCAGUUCAUUUUAAUCUGGCUGAACGGAGAAGCAUCAAAUUCUUCCUGCUUUCACCUGGACAAGGAAAAAUAUAAAGUUAUUGAAGGUGAAGCUUUUUAUUAUGUGCCCUUCGACAUGGAUGACCCCAACCUGCCUGAUGAAAACAUUACGUGGUACAAAAACGGCACAGAGGUCAUGAAUAUCACCACAGACGAGACACACAGGAUACAUUACCAUGGAGGAGCGCUGUUUUUAUUAAACAUCAGCGCUGAUGAUGCUGGUURCUAUWCWGYCAGGCACAUUGAGCCAUCAGGUGAAUGUUUCUACUAUCAUCUGGAGAUCGAGGUCUUCAGUGAAACAAGUCAUGAGAAUCUGACCUAUGGAUCUAUCAAAAACUCUGACCAGAACAAAAACAUUCCUUGUCCGCAGCCUGUUAAAGACACAUGUAAAACAUUUAACGGGAAUUUCACGUGGCUCAAGGGCAAGAAACUCAUUCCUGAUCAACACAGAGAAAGCCUGUGGGUAAAUGAUGCAACAAAAGACGAUGAGGACAUCUACACCUGCAUAUGUACCUGGACUCACAACCACAAGCUGUACAACUCUUCUGGUUCCAGGAGACUUUUUGCUUUAGAAACAGCCAUCUUUCCAGAUGUAGAAAUUGUCUCUCCAACCAGCAAGGAGCAGUUGGCUGAUAAAGGCUCCAGCGUGAAGCUGAACUGCACUGUUUACUGUGGGAUUAAUGCAAAACGGGACUGUGAGGCCACAUGGUGGAUUAAUGGAAACCCAGCGAAGCAGAUGGACGGAUACAACGAGACCACCACAUUAGACGUUGAGGAUCCUUCAAAGAGAACCUUCUCCACAACAAUCCUGACCAUCCAAAGGGUUUCUGCAAAAGAUUUCCAGAAGGAGUUUAAGUGUAACGGCUCAGGAUUUUAUACAGGAAACUCUGUAACUUUAAUUCUGAAGCAAAGAGAGUCCAUCAUUCCCCUCAUCGUUUCGGGGGUGUGUGUGUUUGUGACUGCUGUGUUCGCCGCUGUGCUGGUGAAAUAUUUUGCCAUUGACCUCGCUCUGUUGUUCAGGCCCUACUUCCCUCCAGGAAGAUGCAAUGAAGAUAUGAAGAUGUACGAUGCCUACGUGGUUUAUCAGACACAGAGCUUAGACAAGGAGACCGAAGACAAACUGUGCAACUUUGUCACAAAGACUCUGCCCUCGGUUCUGGAAGAAAAGUGUGGAUAUCGACUCUUCAUCCAGGGAAGAGACGACAUACCGGGGGAAGAUCGUGUGGAGCUGGUGGAGAGCUGCAUUAAGCAAAGCAGGAGGCUGAUGGUCAUCCUGACACCAGGAUCAGGACCUGAGAUGAUGGAAAAUCCCACCUCAGACCAAACCUCAGUCAUUGGGUUUGACUGGCAGGUUGGGCUUCACCACGCGCUGGUGCAGAGAGAGAUAAGUGUGAUUCUGAUCCAGCUCGGAGAGAUGGGGCCACAAGGAUACGCGCACCUUCCUCCAGGCCUGCAGCACCUGAUCCGUCAGAGCGCCCCCAUCAGGUGGCCGAAGGGCUCACGGACAGCCUCCAAGUGCAGCUCGCGCUUCUGGAAGAGAGUGCGAUACCUGAUGCCAGUCCGACCCGCCAGAAAACGAGAUUCAUCUGCCAUCAUCUAAAACCGCUGAGCUUUGAAAUGUGAACAUGAAAAAUUAAACUGAAAUGACGGACGGAUUCUCUACAAUGAAUAAAGAUGAAGGACUUUAUUUAAUUUUAGUUCUACUUUAACUCUUCAAAUGUUACUGUCAUGAGCGGUGGUUGAUAGCGGUGAGGAGAUGACGCUGAGACCCAGGUUAUGAUGAAAAACGAUGAAUUUAAUGACAAAGAACUACAACAAGGAACAGCGGGGAAACAGCACGAGGAAAACUGGCAGCACGGAGACAGGUGACAUCAAUUGACAAGGACCCGACGAAGAACACAGA